ACGAGCAGUACCAGCACAAGAUCUUCUCUAGCUUCUGCACACAAUCGCGUCCUCUUUUCGACGAUACUCGCCCUCGCCAUGGCUCAGAGCUCUGUCGCACAAGCAGUCCAGGUUGCAAGACGUGAACACGACGACGCUUGGGAUUCGCCAUUCAAGAGGGCAGUGACCGCCAGCACUACCGCACCGGUCGCCUCCAGAACUAGCCACAACAAUGCGAAUAAUGCUAGUGGAAAAGUAAAUGUUACAAGAAUAGUCGUGAUCGCUAUUGCGGUCACCGUACUCGGUGAGUUCCUUCUGGCAAGGUCACUCUCCAGCCCAGCAUCUAACGUAUACCUUGCCGGCAAACCACGCAACGAUCUAAUAUCGAUCACGCGAAUGCGCCGAACCAAAAAGGACCAAGCCGCCAUCGCCGCCAUAACAGACCCCAACAUCCGUCGAUUCUCCAGCAGACCCCUCUCAAGCUCUCAACGAGGCGAAGGAGACUG